GAGGAGUGGGCGGGCCGACGGGGCCCGGGCGGCGGGGGCGGGAGGGGCCGGCCGCUGACGUCAUCGGGGCGCGCCGGGCGCUCUCCGAAGCCGCGGCGGCGGAUGAAUGGCGGGGCCGGGGGCGCUGGCGCCGCGAGACGCCUCGCUCUCCCGCGGGCCGGUCGGCUCCCUGCCGCGCCCCGGAGCCCCUUUUCCUCAGCCUCCCCUUUGGUCUCGUCCCCCGCGGCUGACUGUCGGAAGGGGGGAGCCGGCUUCCCGUCUGCGCCGCCUUCCGGUCGCCUUCGCGGCCGCCCGGGUCCCGAUCGAGAGCCAGAUUUUCUUCCGUUACAAUGCGAUGCGUGUAAACAAGAUUUCCAUAAAGACCAUUUUACUUGUGCUGCACAUAAAUGUCCAUAUACAUUCGAGAAGGACGUUCGGGUCCCGGUGUGCCCACUUUGUAACAAACCAGUACCGGUAAAAAAGGGAGAGAUCCCAGAUGUGGUGGUUGGUGAGCACAUUGAUUGAGAGUGUAGCUGCCAUCCUCGGAAGAAAGAGAAGAUUUUUAUACGCCGGCGCUCAAAAGAGGGGUGCAAGAAGGAGAUGCUGCAGGUGAUUUGUGACCAGUGCCACGGCAGUUUCCGUAUUCAGCGUAGACACCCUCUGGAUCACAGCUGCCCACGCGGGAACCUUGCCGUCAGUGUAGCCGGGUGAGCAGAGCGGCUGAGCUGGGACGUGCUGGCCCGCGUACACGGACCCGGAACCCUCACGGUGGGGAUAGGGUACCUUUGAGCGUUGCACUGAACUAAGUUGUUGACGUGAAAUAUUUGUUGUAGAGACUUGGAUAAAUAUAAUCUAAAUUAAAGUUGGAUUCUAGUUGUGUUGUUUUCUUGUGGCCGCCAGAGCAAAGUACCACGGCCUGGGCUGCUUACGCCACAGAAGUUCAUCGUCUCCCUGCUCUGGAGGCUGGAGUCCAAGAUGGGGGUGUGGCGGGUUCCUCCCCGAGGUUCUGGGGAGAUGCCACUCCGGGCCGCUCCCCCCACUGUGGG